CGUGACGCGGCGACUUCUCAAGCCACGCGCGGAACAGUCACUCACACGCACACACAGAGAGACACAGAGAGAGAGAGAGACACACGCGCACAGAGAGAGACACACGCGCACACACACAGACACACGCGCAGAGAGAGACACACACAGAGACACACGCACACAGAGACACACGCACACAGAUAGACACACGCACAGAGAAACACACGCGCACAGAAACACACACAGAGAGACACACACACACAGAGACACACGCACACAGAAAGACACAGACGCACACAGAGAGACGCACACACACAGAGAGACACACGCACACAGAGAGACACAGACGCACACAGAGAGACACAGACACACACAGAGACACACGCACACAAAGAGACACACGCACACAGAUAGACACACGCACAGAGAAACACACGCGCACAGAAACACACACAAAGAGACACGCACACAGAGAGACACAGACGCACACAGAGAGACACAGACACACACAGAGACACACGCACACAAAGAGACACACGCACACAGAUAGACACACGCACAGAGAAACACACGCGCACAGAAACACACACAAAGAGACACGCACACAGAGAGACACAGACGCACACAGAGAGACACAGACGCACACAGAAAGACACGCGCGCGCUCUCUCCUAGAGGCAGCGAUCCAAUCUGCGCACGGUCCUCAAUCGAUUUAUCGAUACUCCCCGCCCCCCUCCACAACCCCCUUAAAAUCAUCGCCACUGACCCCCCCAAUCGCAUCGCGCGUGACGCGCAGCAGAAGACGCCUCGCGGUCGUGGUGAGCGCGAGGAGGGUGCGCCCUGGGAGAAUCGCGACGCGGAACCUCUCGGCGGGGUGUUUUUGUUUCUUCUUCUCUUCACUACCGAAGAGGACGACUUUGGCGACCUCUUUACGCGUUUGGGAGCAUCGUGCGGGGAGUGACCCUCUCCCAACCCCCCCACCCCCCCCAAGUGGACCGGAGCGACUCGCUGACACGCCGGGGAAUGGACCGACUCGUCGGCGCGUUCGCCCCGCUGCUCCUCUGCGUCCUCGUGGCGACGGAGUGCGCAGCGGCCGCGGCAGACGCGUGUGGGGGGCUGUUGACCGACCCGCCGAACGGCACCGUCAUCCAGUCGCCCUCGUACCCGAGCAAGUACCCCAGCAAUCUGAACUGCCGCUGGGAGAUCACCGUGCCUAGCGGAUCGUCCGUGCGCCUCACCGUGCAAGAGCUGCUCCUCGAGUCGCAGACGAGCGGCUGCAAGUACGACUACCUGCUCGUCUCCUACGGAUUCGAGCACGUGGGCGCGCCUGCCAUGGUGUGCAUGAUGCCGAGCGCCGGCCAGCGGGCGAUGAUCUCGCCCGGGAACAGGCUCGUGCUGCAGUUCGUCACGGACGCCUCCCUCGAGGAAAAGGGAUUCCGAAUCACGGUCGACACCAUAGACGCGCCACGGGUGCAGGGCAAGAAGGCCGUCUUCCCCCAGAGCCCCGUGUCCUUCAUGAGCCUGGGCGACCCCGGCAUCCUGCCGACGCGCCUCUCCUCCGUCGCCCUGUGCGCCAGCGUGCGCAUCGCCGGCCCGGCCGACUGGACGCUCUUCACCUACUGCUCGCCGCAGUCGCACGGCGGGGCCACCUCGCCCUCCCUGGGCCUCGCGGGCAACCGCACGGCGCUGGCGUUCUGGCUCGGAGGACGCGCCACCUGGGUCCCUUGGAAGCGUCCGCACGACGAGGCGUGGCACCGCGUUUGCGCCCGCUGGGUCGGCGGCACCGGUGGCACCGGCGGCGGCACCGCCACCGUCUUUGCCGACGGCUCCCUGAUCCUCAACGCCAGCCUCGCCUCGGACGAUCCCUCCGAGCUGCAGGGCUCGGGCCACCUCCUGCUGGGGCUCUUCCAGACGGCGGCGGCCGGCGCCGGCGGUGUCGCGACGGCGUGGGAGACGGUGCCGCAGCGGGCGCUGGUCGGCGAGCUGGCCGACGUGCGCCUGUGGGCGGAGGACGCUGGGGGCGAGCGUGGCUCCAGCCGGGCGCCGUCGUGCCAGCGGAACGGCAGCCUGGCGUCGUGGAGCCGCAGCUUCUGGCAGCCGACGAGGGAGGGCAUGCUGGUCGACGCGGGGCUGCCUGCCGCACGAGACGUCGUUGACAACUUCCGAGUUCAAUUCCGGGCCGAGGUGAACGCCGCGGGCAACCGGUCCGUGGACGAGCAGCUCCUGGCGACGGUGGCGACGUCCUGGCUUCAGCAGGCGAUGAAGGACCUCCCGUUCAGCACGGAGCUCGGCAACAUCAGCUUCGUGAGGUUGUACGCAGAAGACGUGGAAGAGGGAUCGCGAGGUGUCACUCAAGGCGGGGGAAGUGCGUCACUCAGCUUUGCGGGGACGGUGCAUCUGACGGCUGUGGGUGCCCUGGACGGCGUGGGCUGUGACUCGGCCACCGUGCUGAGCGAGAUCAUCCAGAGCCUCAACACCAGCUUCUCCAUCAACAACGCGAGCGGCGUCAUAAACAACAACAGCAGCAACGCGCCGGUAUCAGACGUCAACCAGACGGGGAGCCAAAACAGCAACCGCAGGAAGCGAUCAAACGGAAAUAGCAACAACAAAAACAGCAAUAACGGCAAUAACAACAACAACAACGGCAAUAACAACAAUAACAACGGCAACAACAACGGCAACAACAACAACAACGACAACAUCAGCAGCAGUAACGUUGAUGGGAACAUAAGCAGCAGCAGCAACCAAAACAACAGCACAUCCACGAGCAGUGACAGCAGCAGGAGCUCGGCAAUCAGCCAGCCUGAGAGCUCCACCACCACCCGCACGGAUGGCCCCAACGACAGUCAGAACAGCAGCAGCAGCAACAGCAGCAACAGCAGCAGCAGCUGGGUAAUCAACCAGCCUGAGAGCUCCACCACCACCCGCACGGAUGGCCCCGACGACAGUCAGAAAAGCAGCAACAGCAGCAGUAGCAGCAGCAGCAACAGCAGCAACAGCAGCAGCAACAGCAGCAGCAGCAGCAGCUGGGUGGGGGACGUGGGUACGAGUGAGGCCGACGCUGGCUACAUCGCCCAGCCGGAGCUGACCGCUCAUCUCGUCCUCUCCUCCGUCACUGAUCUCGCCGUCUGCCAGGGCGAGGUGAAAGCGACACGCAGCAAAGGCAUCUACAGCUGGCCCCAGACGCGAUCGCCGUUCAGCGCCUCCGUGCCCUGCGCUCAGAACCCCAACCGGACGGUCACGCGCACCUGCGAGCGGGCGCCGUUUGCUGCCAGUGCCCAUUGGCUGGAUCCGGACGUGAGCGCCUGCGAGGACAUUGAGGCCGUCUGCCAGGGCGAGGUGAACGCGACGCGCAGCAAAGGCAUCUACAGCUGGCCCCAGACGCCGUCGCCGUUCAACGCCUCCGUGCCCUGCGCUCAGAACCCCAACCGGACGGCCACGCGCACCUGCGAGCUGACGCCGUUUGGUGUCAGUGCCCGUUGGCUGGAUCCGGACGUGAGCGCCUGCGAGGACAUUGAGGCCAUCUGCCGGGAAGAGGUCAACGCGACGCGCGACAAAGGCAUCUACAGCUGGCCCCAAACGCGGUCGCCGUUCAACGCCUCCGUGCCCUGUGCUCAGAACCCCAACCAGACGGCCACGCGCACCUGCGAGCUGAUGCCGUUUGGUGUCAGUGCCCAGUGGCUGGAUGCGGAUGUCAGCGCCUGCGAGGACAUUCAGGUGUUCUGUCGGUGGACCACAGCGGUCAUCGCGGACAGAGGGGAGUACGAGUGGCCGUCGACGCAAGCUGGCCAGUCGGCAUCCGUACCGUGCAUGCAGAACCCCGAGAGUAACGCCACGAUGCGAUGCGAUCGGGAACCGUACGAGAUUGUGCCUCGGUGGGCAGUGGCCAAUGUCAGCAACUGCAACAUCGUUACAGCUUCGUGCCCCAACGAGACGACGCUGAGCGACAAGAAGGGGUCGUACGCAUGGCCGUCGACGCCGCAGUCGUUCAACACGUCCCUGCCGUGCCGGCAGAACCCCGAAAAGAACGCCACGCGCGCCUGCCACCGGCCGCACUACACCACGGACGCCGAGUGGCAGGAACCCGACCUCGGCGACUGCGUCGAACUCUUCGAGCUCUUCAACUCGAAUGUGACGAUGGCGUUUUUGACCAACAACAGUCAACUGAGUGAGGAAACGGUCAAAACCGAGGUGACCUCGUGGGUGAAAAAUGAUCUGAAAGGGACACUCAACUACACCGUGGACUUGAAGUACAUCAGCGUGACGAGACAAGGAAAAGUGCGAGUGCGGCGUGCGACGGACGAGCUGUGGAACUUCACGGUGACCAUGAUGCUGGAGAUGCGGAGGGCGGGCAAUGUCGACAACAUCGCAGCCAUUGUCAACAUCUCCGGCGAAAUCCGCAGCCAGCUCAGCUCCACCAUCGUCAACCUCAAGCCCCGGCUGGAGAGGUUGCUCGGAGUCAACACCAUCCAGCUGGACGUACCCUCCGUGGGGAACGCGAUGUACUGCCUCGGCGAGACUCUGGUCAACAUCAAGGGGGUGUUCCGCUGGCCCACGGUGAACGUCGGUGGCACCGCCGUCAUCGCGUGCCCCAUCAACAAGGACAAGAGCGUCUCGCGACAGUGCAUGAAGGUGAACGAGUACUCCUCCUCGUGGCAGCCGAUCGACGCCGACGUCUGUGAUGUUCCACUGCUGGAGAACAUGGACAGCAAGUCGGCGGAGGACGUGAGUAAGGAGAUGGAUGGGCUGAUGGCGCUGCUGGAGCAGAGCCCCACCAUCUCCGUGAAGGGCGCACAGAUGGUCGCCACUCGCUUCAGCAGCAUCCUGGACGCGCCGUCCAGCUCGCUGGCCAACUCGUCCGAGAGGGCGCUGCACAUGGUGGACACCCUGCUGCAGAAGAUCGACUUCCCCAGCUCCACCAUCUCGCUCCCGACGAAGAACCUGUUGCUCUUCGUGUCCAAGAUGAACGAGAGCGACAGCUCGAAGCCGCAGGAGUUCAAGGAUGGGGAGACAUCGGUGUCGCUGCCGGCCUCCCUGCUGGACUCGCUCGACCCGGCUCAGAAGGCGAUGGCGACGCGGGCCCAGUUCACCAUCUACAACAACACCAAGCUCUUCCCGCAGGCUAAUCUGUCGAGCUACGUGGUGGCGGCGAGCGUGGGAAAACUGGCGAACAUCACAAACCUCAAGGACCCGGUCAACAUCACCCUGUGGCACACCAACCAAAGCGCCCUGGAUCCCGUGGAGGGGAUGAUAAAGAACGUCAAGUGCGUGUACUGGGACUUCGUCAAGAAAGACUGGAACAGCAAUGGGUGCAUCGCCGUGCCCAGCGGCUCCGACCACAACGUGACUCUGUGCCAGUGCAACCACCUGACGCACUUCGCUCUGCUGCUGGAUUUCUCUCCGGGCCCAAAAUACUCGGAAGCGAUCGAGAAGUCCCUCAGCUUCAUUACCUACAUCGGCUCCGGCCUCUCAACCAUCUUCCUCGGCAUCACACUCGUCACCUACAUCACCUUCGAGAAAAUCCGCACGGAUCACCCGUCCAAGAUCCUGAUGAACCUGUGCGCAGCGCUGCUGCUGCUGAACCUGCUGUUCAUGCUGGACGCGUGGAUCGCGUGGUUCAACAUCGAAGGCCUGUGCGUCGCCACCGGCGCCCUGCUGCACUACUCGCUGCUCGCAUCCUUCACCUGGAUGGGCCUCGAGGCCGUUCACCUCUACCUGGCCGUCGUCAAGGUCUUCAACACCUACGUGCGCAACUACAUCCUCAAGUUCUGCAUCGUCGGAUGGGGCGUCCCGGCCGUUGUCGUUGCGAUUCUGCUGGCUAUACAACAAGAUGUUUACGGGAAAGGACAAACCAAUUCCACGAACUAUCGAGAGAGAGACGACUUCUGCUGGAUCCGGCUGGACGUGGUGUUCUACGUGGCGGUGGCCGGCUACUUCUGCCUCGUCUUCUGCCUCAACUUGAGCAUGUUCGUAGUGGUGCUGCGCCAGAUCUGCCAGCAGAAGCGCAAGCACGGCAAGGAGAAGCACUCGAGCGUGGCGCGCGAGCUUCGCGGCAGCGUGAGCCUCACCUUCCUGCUCGGCAUCACCUGGGCCUUCGCCUUCCUCGGCUUCGGCCCCCAGAAGCUCGCCUUCAUCUACCUCUUCAUCAUCUUCAACACGCUGCAAGGGUUCAUGAUCUUCAUCUUCCACUGCGCGCUCCGGGAGAACGUUCGCUACCAGUGGAAGAAGUUCUUCUGCUGCGGGAAAUACUCUGAUGGAAAAAUGAGGUACACCUCGGGGAACAGGUCAACACUGCUGCUGACGCGAAAGCAGAAACAGCGGCUGUCGCACUGCAGCGGCACGUCUCAUUCCACCGAGCAGACCGACGUCACGAGCCUCAACAACUCGGUCAAGCCAAUAGGCGAAAGCCCGCGCUGAUGCAAUUUCCGUCGACUCUACAAGGACCAGAUUAUUCCACAAACAGCAGCCCCCUACGAAGGAUCGCCACAACGUGAGGGACGAACUCGGGAUCACCGCCGAUCCACAUCCACCGCCGAUCCACAUCCACCGCCGAUCCACAUCCACCGCCACCUCCAGCACCAGCGAUUUCGUUCGGCACAUCCAGGAACGAGCCGCUUCUCGUCGGUCGGAGGCGCUUAGACUUCCGGUCGCCACGGUGACGGCCGCGCAACUUUCUCACACGGUCCUCGUCACUUCGCGAGGAGCGGCGAAGGACUCUCGCCUCCCCCCCCCCCCCCUCCUCUCUGGCUGUGCUUGUUACAAAUAUAUGUAAAUAUUCGCGAGCGAGCUAGCGUAGUGUAACGGGGGUGGACGCCUCGCUCGGUGAAGCACCGCGCCCGCGAUUGCCGAGGUCAUGAGUUCAACUCCUGGCAAGAGUUAAUUGAGCCUCGUCAUCAUCAUCAUCAUCACUGUCAUCGUCAUCACUGUCAUCAUCGUCGUCAUCAUCAUUGUCAUCAUCGUCGUCAUCAUCAUUGUCAUCAUCGUCAUCAUUAUCACUUUCACCAUUGCCGUCAUCAUCAUCACUGUCAUAAUCGUCGUCAUCACUGUCAUCAUCGUCGUCAUCGUCAUCACUUUCAUCAUUGCCGUCAUCAUCAUCACUGUCAUAAUCGUCGCCAUCAUCAUCACUUUCAUCAUCGUCGUCAUCAUCAUCACUGUCAUGAUCAUCACUUUCAUCAUCGUCGUCAUCAUCAUCACUGUCAUCAUCGUCGUCAUCAUCAUCACUGUCAUCGUCAUCACUUUCAUCGUCAUCAUCAUCAUCACUGUCAUCAUCGUCGUCAUCAUCAUCACUGUCAUCGUCAUCACUUUCAUCGUCGUCAUCAUCAUCACUUUCAUCAUCGUCGUCAUCAUCAUCACUGUCAUCAUCGUCGUCAUCAUCAUCACUGUCAUCGUCAUCACUUUCAUCGUCGUCAUCAUCAUCACUGUCAUCAUCGUCGUCAUCAUCAUCACUGUCAUCGUCAUCACUUUCAUCGUCGUCAUCAUCAUCACUGUCAUCAUCGUCGUCAUCAUCAUCACUUUCAUCAUCGUCGUCAUCAUCAUCACUGUCAUCAUCGUCGUCAUCAUCAUCACUGUCAUCGUCAUCACUUUCAUCGUCGUCAUCAUCAUCACUGUCAUCAUCGUCGUCAUCAUCAUCACUGUCAUCGUCAUCACUUUCAUCGUCGUCAUCAUCAUCACUGUCAUCAUCGUCGUCAUCAUCAUCACUGUCAUCAUCGUCGUCAUCAUCAUCACUGUCAUCAUCGUUGUCAUCAUCAUCACUGUCAUCAUCGUCGUCAUCAUCGUCAUGGUGUGAUAGUCAUCAUCAUCAUCAUCAUUCUAACAGGGUCGGUAAAAUGAGUUUCAAUUGAUGAAGUUUCGCCAUUUGGUGGGAAGUAAACAAUCGUCCAGUACUCCGAUAUUUUUUUUAUUAAAAUCUGGUCCCGCCCAUAGGCAUAUGGAGUUUCUAGCAACGCCUUCAAUGACUGACGAUGGCUCGAAACGAGAACUGCCCAGCGAUGAUAAUUGGAGAGUGAUAAUUGCUCAGAGUCUGUGCCUAUCGUAAUGAUGGUUGCCGCCAAUUGGUUUCAAUUUAGGGACAUUCCGCUGAAGCGGGACUCAUCGGCGCAAAUUGAAAACAGAUGGCAGAGUCGUUAGCGGCAGAAACGCUGCACCACCACCACCACUUGGGACGCGCUGCUAAAAUCUUCCUCCCAGAUUGCGUGGAAAUUCAGCAAACGUUAGCACAAUGCCAGCCAGAGUAGGGAGAUGAGAAUUUGUUUAUUGUACCACCCCAACCCCCCGCCCCCCCCCCCCCCGUUAAAGCGCUUUUAACUUAAAUGCAAGGUCAGUUAUUUUGUGUUGUUGCCUAACCUCCCAAACAGUGGUGGUGUAAUCUUGAUUUGAAGUGGUGGUGUAACUUGGAUGGCACGGACCCCCAUGGGGCUAGGAAAUCAAUGUGAGGCUUCCCCAUGAACCAUUCUCCCUCCCCUCCCCCACCUCAAAUGCACCCCCAUCUCAUCGCAGAGGCCUUGAGCCUGAUGGGGUACACAAGUAGGUGGAAGGGCACGCACCAGGGGCUUGCCGGGUGUUGUAGGUCCGGGGCUGCUGCGAGGUGUGCCGAGGUAGAGUCGGCAGCGCGAGUGCUACGUUUUCUCCCAGUUCUCCGGCCUCAAUCCGCGCGAAGAGCACUAAAACGCCUCGUUUGCGCGUGGAACGCCAAACAUCGCAACGUGAGCAGCAACUUCUCUUGGAAUAAAAAAGAAAAUCUGACCCUUGAAACUCGGUGAGGCUCAACGGGACAAAUCAUUGGCACCUGCGUUGGGAGAAUCAUCGCCUCCAGGUGGGCUGCAAGUGUCGUGAUUCGGCACAAACGAGUUGCAGCGACCACCAUGCGAGAGUAAUUCGCGUCCAGGCCGCUUUUGCCGCCGGCUCUCUGCGCUGCACCAACAUCGCGAUGCGAACGGCGGCAGGCGGUGCCGACGCAGAAACCAUCGAAGUGCGACGCCGUCCACUUUCCCCGUUGCUUGCGGAAGAGCUGCUGGUCGGUCCGCGAGCCAGCACGCGUGUUUCCGCUGAUAGCGCUUCUCCACUGGCAUAUCCGAGCCAAGCUGGAGCCGUUGGGCCGCUCUUGGUACGGAUGUUUUUUUCUUUCCCUCCCCCACGACUGCCUCUUUGCCGUGCCGAGCCGGAACCAAAGCGCAAGGCAAUCUGAAUUUAGCUUGGGGCCAAGCAGGGCCAGGAGGGGACGGGUUUGAUACACUGUGAGCACGCGGCUUCACCGCGUCGACCCCGCACGCGCGUCUCGACUCGCUCACUCGUUGGUGUCACGUCAGCGGCGCGGCUCGGCUCGGCUCCUGUAGUGGAAAAAAAACUGGACGCAUCCUGAUCCGAUGAGCCACGCCGGCACGGCUCGGAUGUGCAGUGGUACAAAGAUGUUAAUGUCCCUCGCCUGGUAUGCAGGAGGUCAUGGGUUCAAUCCCAACCCUGACACCUGCUGUAUAUUUGUAGUUUGCAUGUCUUCUCUCUCUGUCUCUCCGAGGUCGUGUGAAUUUUUCUCUGGGUCCUCCGAUUUUGUUUCACUCCAUUUAGAAGCGUGUGUGCUUAGAUGAUUUGGCUGCUCUAAAUGCCCACACGAUGACAAGCCACAUCGUUGGGCCAUUAUUUGUGGCCAGGACGCCUCUGAAAAUGAGCUACAUAGCUCAGUAGGCCUUGCCUGGUAGCACAAAAUUGUUUCGUUGCGUUUGAAGAAAGUGCGGCUAUAACCAACAGCAGACGUUCGACAAACUGAGGCCGUCGUGAUGUUUAAAUGUUGUGUAUGACCCUUGUAUAAAAAGCUCUAAAUACAAUGCACUCCACGCAGCUCGACUUUUCCAUAACCACUGCUGACCACUGCGUUCCAUCGCCGGAGAAUGCAUGCUGUAAAUGUAACUGUGGUAAUGUAUUAUAUUUAAUGAUGCGCAUGCCCUGUCGUACGUCGUUUUUAUUUUGUUCUUCUUCCGAGUUAUUAGCCGAGUAGUAACGCCGCGUAGCCAUUUGUAGGCGAUAAGAUUUUAGCAACUUCCCGAUAAUCCCCGCGUCGGAAUUCUGAAAAACGGCAACGGUUGAGAGUGGCAGCCGAGUCGGGGCUGCCGACUUGCCGGCUGGAAGGGUUGUGAGUUCAAAUCCCAAGCCAGAGUUGGGGUCGACUCAGCCCAUCAUCCCUGCCGGGGCAAAAAAAGUGAGUACCACUUUGUGGGAAUCAACAGUGCACCCAUCCUCCCUCUCCCAGCUUAGGAAACGUGUAAUUUCAGAGACCGUUUCAUGAGAGGUGGCACGGUGGGUGCCCUGCACGUAAUCUCUUGUCACUGCGCUCUCUCUCUCUCUCUCUGUCGAAUGACGGGUGAGUUGAUCAGCAUUGGUCGUGAGUUCAUGUGGAGGUUGGCGAGUGAGCGAGCCGGUGGAGCGGACGGCUUCGUGAGUAGCCUCGUGACGAAUCUCGGGAGACGCUGCCACGGCGUUGGUGAGCGCUGGCCAUAACUCUUUGGUUCUUUCGGUAAAGUCACGUAGGUAUAAAAUAAAAAUUAAAAAAUCACGAUGUUUCGGGCGCAACACAAGCGUCCGUCAUCAGGUGGGAAAGGAUGGUCUGCUGCUGAUGCAGACUGUUUUAAAACAUGUUUUCCAACCUGAUGACGGACGCUUGUGUUGAACCCGAAACGUCGUGAUUUAUUUUAUUUUUUACUUUCUACCCACGUGACUUUACCGAAAGAACCAAAGAGUAUGGAUUCCUGCAGUCACGAAAGCUUCAAAUCAAGAUUGAGCGAUGACCAGUUCAAACUACAGCAUUGAAGGACGCCUUUAAGUUUUGGAGCAUGCCUUGUACAUUCCUGCUGCGGUUGAUCGUCGUGUCGCAUGUACCCGACCCCCUGUCCAGCUUGCAUUCGUUACCGUGCUGCGUAAUGCGCGGACUCGCGAUUGCGGUAAAAUAUUGCGUACAAUAUGUCGGAGAACGAUGCAGAUGUUAGGUAUCUUUGUUUUCUGCUGUUGACCAUAUAUAUGUGUAUGUGUACUGUAUAACUUAAGAGGAUGACGUGUGAGAAGUCAGAGUCGAUGACAUUAAAAUAUUUAAAGAAGGAAAA